AUGCCGUCAGAAAAAGAGACUACCCCGCCACUGCACAUCUCGAUAUCAGGAUCUGAUGCCGAGGGGCACGAAACACCCAAGACGCCGCGAAGUAGCAGUGGCUGGGACGGCAAAUUACGAGUAGAAAAGAAGCUCGAACUCGCAAACCCAGAAGCUCUGUCAGAUCCAGAGUACUCAGACGACGAGAAUGUGGUUCCUGGAGAGACCAUCGACGCAGAUGAAGACCUCCUUGACGACUAUCCUCUAGAUACAGAAGAAAUUGACUGUGUCCACGCCCGCAUAUCCUCCAUCUCCUCCCUCAAACUCGAGCGCUUCACCUCCGUCACCCGCCUCUGCCUACGCCAAAAUAGCAUCACAGAUAUCGAAGCCCUGUCAUGUCUAGCUAGCACGCUCACCGACCUCGAUUUAUACGAUAACCUCAUCGCCCACAUCCGAAAUCUCGAAUCUCUCGUCAAACUCACCAAUCUUGAUUUGUCAUUCAACAAAAUCAAGCAUAUAAAACACAUUUCUCACCUCGUGAAUCUCACCGAUUUGUACUUUGUGCAGAACAAGAUUGGUACGAUCGAGAACCUGGAAGGCUUGACGAAAUUACGGAAUCUAGAACUAGCAGCGAAUAGGAUACGAGAAAUCAAGGGGUUGGAGACCUUGGUGGGGUUGGAGGAGCUAUGGUUUGGGAAGAAUAAGAUUACUGAGAUGAAGGGACUAGAUUCGUUACAGAAUCUCAAAAUCAUCUCUAUACAAUCGAACCGGAUCCGGGAGAUUUCUGGGCUGGAGAAUCUGCCACAACUAGAAGAACUCUAUAUCUCGCACAACGCCCUCACGACCUUUGAAGGACUGGAACACGUUACGAGCUUGCGGGUUCUGGAUGUCAGCAAUAACCAGAUCUCGAGUCUGAAGGGGAUCGAGCAUCUGAAGGAGCUGGAGGAGUUGUGGGCGAGCUAUAACAAGAUUGCUGAUUUUGCUGAGGUGGAGACUGUGCUUGGCGACAAGAAGAAGUUGAAUACGGUUUACUUUGAGGGCAAUCCGUUGCAACUAAGAGGCCCUACUUUGUAUAGAAAUAAGGUGCGGUUGUCGUUGCCACAGGUUAUGCAGAUUGAUGCUAGUAAGUCUUGCUCUUGCCUUCUUGUUCGCGGCCAGAGCUAA